CCGGUGAAGAAGCGAGAAAUUCAACAAAAGUUGCACGACGAUGACGAGAAUCAUAUCUCGUCCAGCAGUGAGGACGAGGAAUAUGAGAUCGCAAAUAAGCAGGGGAUAGAGUUUCAAGUGGAUUUUGAGGGUCGCAAUCCACAAGAUCCAGAUUAUCAUGGAAUUAAAACAUUACUGCAACAACUUUUCCUUAAAGCACACAUUGAUUUGGGUGGAUUGACGGAUUUAAUAAUUUCUCAAAAUUAUGUAGGAUCAGUCGUUAAACAAUCUGAAGAAAUUGAUGAAUCUGAUGAUGAUGAGGAUAGUAAUGAUAUCAAUGAUGUAUUUGGUAUUACAACUGUCAUUAAUGUUUCUGAUAAACAGAACAUUUUAUGUAUACAACAAUUGAGAAAUCUACUGAAACAGCUAGCAGAUGAACACGCAACUGAUGCAGUUAAUACUAUGAUAAAAAAUGUACUGGAGAACGACGCAGCGCAAUUGGGUUUGCUCAUUAAUGAAAGAUUUGUUAACAUUCCCGCCAAGAUUUCAGUACCACUUCUCGAAAAUCUAAUUUCCGAAUUGAAACGUGCCAAUAACAGAAAUAUGCCAUUCAAUUUUUCCUAUUACAUACUUAUAUGUAAAUUGUACAAGUCAGAAGAUAAACGAGCCGGGAAAAAGGCGAAAAGUAAGAAUAGGAACGGUACUGAACCAUCAAUAUUGUGGAGUAACCCAGAAGAGGAGAUCUUUGCGGAAGAAGCAAUUGUUAGUUUCGAAUUUUCUGUCGAAGAAGAAGCGGACAGUGGUUUAUCCGGAACGUGGACUGAAACAGACGACGAGAUGAUACCUUAUAGACGAGUACUACUUUUUGAAGCUUCAAAAUUGCAAUCAAUAUUUGAUAAAAUACAGAAUCAGUUUUCUUAAUUAA